UGUUAUGAAAUGGCAUCAUUUGGAGUUGGAAAUUGACAUAAACACAAUGAAUGAAGGUGGUUUUGAACAUAGUGAAGUUAAUUGCAAAGAAACGCCCGGAAAAAAUUGGCCCCAAAUUCUUGCUAUUGGAAUAGCAUGUCUUGCACCGUUGACGAAUGGACUUCAGUUCGCUUGGACAUCUCCAUUCGUACCAAAAAUAACCAAAGAUAAAGAACAUUACGACAUAUCGGAAGAAGAGGCUUCAUUUCUCACCAUUGUGCAACCCUUAGCCAUGAUAUUAUGUUGUCCUUUUUCCUCGAAGUUAUGCGACAUCAUUGGAAGAAAAAAAAUGUUGAUGUUAGUGGCACUGCCACAUACUUUGAGUUGGAUUUUAGCAGCAGCUGCUACAGACAUCCUGACGUUCUAUAUUUCGAAGUGUUUUUCUGGAGUUGCAGCCGGAAUAACAUUUGUUACGAUUCCAAUGUAUAUUGGAGAAAUAUCGUGUCCUGAAAUUCGAGGAACUUGGGGAAAUCUCUUUUCAUCGUCAUUAUACUUUGGAGAAUUUGCAAUCACAAUGCUUGGUAGCUAUUUUAAUGUGAAAGAAACUUCUUACAUUUGCAUCCCUAUCCCAAUGUUAUUCUGUGCUUUGUUCUCUUUUAUGCCAGAAUCACCCUACUAUUAUAUUAUAAAUGAUAGAACCGAAGAUGCCAAAGAUUCUUUGAGAUUUCUCAGACGCAAACAAAACGUCGAAGAAGAUUUUAAAUUACUUGAAAAUGAUGUAAAAAGGCAAAUGUCAGAAUCUGCGAAAUGGGAAGAUCUUGUCAAAAUAAACAGCAACAGAACAGCACUUCUUGCAGCAUUAUUCUUAAGAACAUCCCAAGUAUUUGGAGGACUAACAAUAUUCAUUGUAUACAUUCAGUUCAUUUUUGAAAAAUCUGGUGGAAACAUCAGCCCAGAACUAUCUUCAAUGACAUAUUCGGGUUUGAGUUUUAUGUUGAACAUAUUUGUGGUAGUAUUUGUUGUAGACAGAUUAGAAAGAAAAGUAGCUUAUAUUUUAUCAAUAUUUCCUUGUUCUAUAAUACUCAUUUUAUUAUCGAUUUACUUCUACAUCGAAGAAUAUUGCCCAAAAAUAAACAUGGAUUUUUUAAAGUGGGUACCAUUAGGAGGAUUGAUUUUAUACCAAAUAUUCACGUCCUUUGGAAUGGCCAUUAUUCCAACAUUAAUGCUAUCAGAGUUAUUUUGUGCAAGUGUAAAGUCAAAAGCCAUGACAGUGAUGGCCAUAGAUUUUGGAGUCUUGUCUUGUCUCGCAAAUUAUAGUUUUCAUAUUCUUUAUUUUUCAGUAGGACUCUAUGCACCAUUUCUAUUUUUUGGUUGCUCCAGUAUUAUUUCAACGGUCCUGUCAUUUUAUGUAAUACCCAAUACUAAGGGUAAAACCUUAGAAGAAAUCCAACAGUCCCUCAAGAACAAUGUAGUACAUAGUAUUUCACAAAUGUAGCAAGUUUGUUUGCGACUGCUUUGAGAACAUUAUUUUCAAUCUGAUUAGAAUUAUUGACUGAGAAUAAUUGAAAAAUAGGGACAGAAGCAAAUUUCUGCCGAGAUUUGCAUAUCGUGACUUACAAAUGAGGCAUAUUUUUCACAAAAGCAGGUGUAACUUUAAUCUACACUUGUAAAAAUUCAAGAGGUGAAAAGAAGUAAAUCAUAUCAUCUUUCAUUCCAUUUAUAUGCAUAUACUUUAUUAUAAUCUCUUAAGUUUAUAAACCGAUCGGUAAUCCUGAAAAAAAUUGGUAAAUUUUUUUAAAUUCAUUUUAAAAAUUAAAGUUUCAAAACUUAACAGUUUUUGAAGUAUCGAACCAAUUGAAUUGCAAGAUCUCCCAUUGGCAAGAUUCUAGUUUUAGUGAAAAAUUAAAGAGAAACAUUAUGUAAUUCAUUUUCAAGCAGGGUUUCUAUUAUCUCCUGCUUAGGGGUCUGAUGGACUAAAUGAUUAUCUGUGAUAGUAAUUUGAAAAAGUAUAAUUAAGUAUAGUGAAAUUAAACACAGAACAUCAAAAUGUUGACUUUAACUUUUGUAAAACAUCCUAUAUAUUACAAAUAAACCAAAUAUUAUGAGAAAAAUUUGCAAAAGUUACGAAUUAGAGUUCACAAGUGUUGAUUCUAUUCAAUUUCAUUGCACUAGAAUUAACUGAUGAGGUUGAUAGAUGCGCGAUUUAGGAUUUUUGAU